AUGGCCAUCUCUACCCCCACAGCCCUCCACGGCACAUCUCGCAGCAAUGACAUCGAGAAGGAGGCUGUCCACUCGGACCCACUCAACGUCGGUGGCCACGCCAACGUCCAGCGGCAGCUGCGGAGUUUCCACAUCACCAUGAUCGGCUUCUGUAGCGGCAUCGGGACGGGCCUGUUCAUCGGAGCCGGCAGCGCCUAUGCCAAGGCUGGGCCGGCGGGUCUGCUCCUGGCCUACUGCAUCGUCGGCCUCGUCCUCUGGUGCGUCAUGCAGAGCAUCGCCGAGCUGGCCACCCUGAUCCCCACCGCCGGUAGUUUCCCCCACUGGGCCACGCGCUUCAUCGACCCGAGCGUGGGGUUUUCUCUUGCCAUCAGCUAUGGGUACUGCUACACCAUCGCCAUCGCCAGCGAGUGUUCGGCUGCUGCCGUGCUGGUCUCGUACUGGACCGACAUCUCGCCUGCCCUGGUCAUCACCAUCAGUCUCGCCCUGAUCCUGCUCAUCAACCUGCUGAGCGUCAGGUUCUAUGGAGACAGCGAGGUCAUUACCGGUGCCGUCAAGGUUCUCUGCUUCUUUGGCCUGGUGCUUGUGGCCAUCGUCAUCACUGCAGGCGGAGGACCCAAAGGUGACCCGAUCGGCUUCUACUACUGGUACGACCCCGGCGCCUGGACAAACUACAACGGCAUCACGGGCUCCACGGGCCACUUCCUCGGCGUCCUCUCCGCCCUGGUCAACGCCUCCUUCAGCUUCAUCGGCGUCGAGACGGUGGUCAUCUCGGCCGGCGAGUCGGCCCACCCGCACCGCGACAUCCCCAAGGCGGCCAAGCGCGUGACCCUCCGGAUCGGCUUCUUCUACAUCCUCGGCGCCCUCCUCAUCGGCAUGAUCGUCGACCCCAACAACCCGGACCUGGUCAGCGGCACGGGCAACGCAAAGUCUAGCCCCUGGGUCAUUGCCAUCCAGCAGGCCGGCAUCACCGUGCUGCCCAGCAUCGUCAACGCCUGCAUCCUGGUCUCGGCCUGGUCCGCCGGCAACUCGUACUGCUGGGUCGGCAGCCGCAUGAUCCUCGCCAUGACCACCGACCGCCAGCUCCCCCAGUUCUUCGGCAGGACCUGGAGCAACGGCGUCCCCUGGGUCGCCGUCAUCACCGCCUGGCUUUUCGGGCCCCUCGCCUACCUCAGUCUCGGCACCGGCGGGCCCGCCCAGGCCUUCAACUGGCUGCUGAACCUGAGCACCGUCGCCGGCCUCAUCGCCUGGGCCACCCUGUGCUUCUGCUAUAUCCGCUUCCACGCUGCCCUCAAGGCACAGGGCGUCUCGCGUGAUUCGUUCCCCUGGAAGGCUCCCCUCCAGCCCUACGCCGCUUGGGUUGGCUUUAUCGGCGCCACUAUCAUCACUUUUAUCUCUGGCUUCUCUGUGUUUCUGGAUGGCAACUGGUCGACCCCGAGCUUUGUGGCGUCUUAUGUCGGCAUUCCCAUCUUUAUCGUGCCUAUUAUCGCUUGGAAGCUGUGGUUCAAGACGAAGUUCCUCCGCGCUCAUGAGAUUGAUCUCUGGUCUGGACGGCUUGAUGAGGAGCAACGACGUCUGAGUCUUUGGAGGCGUUUCUUGGUUUUCCUCUUUUAG